AUGUCACGCAGUAGCAAGAACGAUGCUAUAUACAUCAUUGGCCUGGGCCAUGAGUACCCGCCCCAUUCGGUAAGACAGGAGCAGUUUGAGGACUUCUUGCAGCGCUUGUGCCCCGAUGAAGUAACUUCACCAGCUAUCCAGAAGCUCAUCCAGUUCAACAAGAAAACCAAGAUCGUCUCCCGCCCAACUAUCCUCGACUACACAGGAUGGACCAAAGAGAACACUGCACCGCCGGAUGCCGACUCCAUCUCCCGAAUGUUCCGGACAGAAGGUGUGCAGCUCACCACCUUGGCCUGCAAAGAGGCUAUGCGAGAAGCUUGCCUUGAGCCCAGCGACAUAACGCACACGGUAGCAGUGACUUGCACUGAUCAGAGCAACCCCGGUUAUGAUCUCUUUGUAUGCCAGGAGCUUGGGCUUGGUCCAAACGUGCAACGAGUGCUACUUCAUGGCGUGGGAUGCGCAGGCGGUCUAUCAGCGCUGCGUGCAGCUGCUAGCAUCGCCGCUGCUGCAUCACAAAGAGGACGGCACGCCCGCGUCCUGGUGAUGGCGUGUGAGAUAUGCAGUCUCUCUAUUCAGGCAGAGGUCCAAGCGGCCUGUGAAGACGGCAAGCUACACGUAGCUCCAGCGCUAUUCUCCGAUGGCGCAGCGGCGCUAGCAGUAUGCAACGGUCUUGCGCUGGAAGACAAGCAAAAGCCAGUGUUCGAGCUGAAAGAUUGGGACAGUGUAGUUGUGCCGGGUACUUCGAGCUAUAUCUCGUACGAUAUCGAGAAGCAUGGCACAGCCAUCGACGCCAUAUUGCCCUUGUUCGAUCGACUGCGUACCACCCUCGAUACUACUCACGCCUCUGCAUCCGUGACUCGCAGUCCGGCUUCGAACUUCGAUUGGGCUAUUCAUCCUGGCGGUGCGACCAUCCUACAUGGGGCCAAGCAAGCUCUGCAACUCAACGACGACCACAUCCGAGCCUCGCUCGACGUGUAUCAUAACUAUGGGAACUCAUCCAGCCCAACCGUGCUCAUCGUGUUGGACAAACUUCGCCGAAAUGGGGAAGGCAGAGAGAACAUUGUUGCGACCAGUUUUGGACCGGGGGUUUUAGUUGAAAUCACCAUCAUCUCCAUCUGGCGCACAUACGAAGAUGUAUACUCUAUGGCUAUCUCUACACUCACGGCUGUCAAAGAGGUGGACCCAGAUACAGCCAAGGGCCGGGAAAGGUAUCAAGAGAAGGACGAGCGGCGAUACAGCGAGCAAGCUGAAGCGGUUCCACCAGUUCUGAGUGAUGAUGAUGUCAAAGAACCCGAUGAUCAGCUGGCGACACCAUCAUCUGCAUCCUUCCAAGACCGACUGAAGAAGUUCCAAUACACCGAAACGCGGACGGAGCAACGUACCGGACCACCAUUCGAAUCGCCGUUAAAGUCUAGCAAGCGCACUAGGACUGCUGUGAGCGCGGCUGUAAAGAUCCCACCGGAACCUUCCCCACGACCGAAGAAGAAGAGGAAACCCAGCAAAUAUGCUGACCCAUCCAAAUACGCGCAUCUAUCGCCGCUGGUCGACAUACUAGAGCCUAAUCUGAUUUGUGUCUUCGUUGGCACGAAUCCAGGUGUUCAGACGGCUGCUGCAGGGCAUGCUUAUGCGCAUCCCUCGAAUCUAUUCUGGAAGCUGCUCCACUCCUCAGGACUUACCGACCGUCGACUGAAGCCUGAGGAAGAUCGGAGUCUUCCCGCUCUGUGUUGUAUGGGUAAUACCAACAUUGUCGAGAGACCCUCCAAAGACGCUGCCGAGCUCUCGAAAGAGGAGACUGCGGCCGGUACGGCACAACUGGAUGCCAAGUUCCUCAAAUACAAGCCAGAGGCUGUGUGCAUAGUAGGCAAGGGGAUCUGGGAAGCCAUCUGGCGGUAUCGCUAUGGCAAGACCAUGGGCAAGAAAGAUUUCAAGUAUGGGUGGCAGGAUGAGGAGCACAACAUGGGCAAAAGCGAGGAUGGCCAGGAAGAGCAGGAUGCUGAUGGCAAUGUAUGGAAUGGGUCCAGGGUCUUUGUUACUACGAGUACGAGCGGUCUAGCGGCAAGUCUGAAGCCGGCCGAGAAAGAGGCUAUCUGGAAACCCUUCGGCGAGUGGGUGCAGAAGCGAAGAGCCGAACGGGGCUUUGUGCCUCGGCCAGCGGAAGCAUAG